AGUUGCACUCUACAGUCGUGAGUAAUGUGACAUCACAGGAAGGACCUUCGCGGAAUUUUCGAAAGUUUGUCAGCUUAUGAUUGCUGUAGUAAAGCAGGAUUUUACUGUCAGUUGUUUAGUUUUUUUUUUGCGUUAUUAUGCAUUUAGAUUAAUUACCUGCCGUAAUCCUUUGGGUGGGAGAGAUCGGACAGUAAAUGUUUUUAAGUGUUUGUUAAAUUUGUAUCCUUUUAAUUUUAUGCACAAUGGCAUUGGUGGAAGUAGAGGAAACAAGUGAUGUGCUUUCUAAUUGUAAAAGAAUAGAGGUUCCCAGACCCCCUUCUAUAGAAGAAUUUUCUAUCAUCAAGCCUAUCAGCCGUGGGGCUUUUGGGAAAGUUUACUUAGCAAGGAGGAAGAAUAAUAGUGACAAACUUUACGCUGUUAAGGUUGUAAAAAAAGCAGACAUGAUAAACAAAAACAUGGUUCAUCAGGUACAGGCAGAGAGAGAUGCACUGGCUUUGAGCAAAAGCCCUUUCAUUGUACACUUAUACUACUCUCUGCAAUCAGCCAGCAAUGUCUAUCUGGUAGCUGCUCCUAGAAGUUAUGCACGGUAA